AUGAGUGAGUUGAGUCGGUCACGUGCAAGGGCAGCUGAGAUGUCAGAAGACCGAGACGAGACACGAGACAGAGACGAGGAGAGACGAGACAGAGACGACAGACAGAGAGAGACGAGACAGAGACGAGACAGAGACGAGAGACAGAGACGAGACAGAGAGACAGAGACGAGAGACGAGACAGAGACGAGACACGAGAGAGACGAGAGACAGAGAGAGAGACGAGAGACAGAGACACGAGAAAGAGAGACAGAUGAGAGACGAGACAGAGACGAGACAGAGACACGAGAGACAGACAGAGACGACAGACAGAGACGAGGAGACGAGACAGACAGAGACGACAGACGAGACAAGGACAGACGAGACGAGAGACACGAGCCGAGGACCAGACAGUGA